AUGGAGGAAAGCAGUUCGAUAAAAGAGCAGAAUGGAGAAAAUCCAAAGGAAACCUCAUGGAAAGAAUUGGUAAGUUUAAAAAUAUCUAGGAAAGAAACCUAACCUUAUCAAAAUGAAUAUGUGUUUUUCUCAACAUAUGUAUACGUUUUUUAAUAUAAUAAUUUAAUCAAUUGUUUAAUUUAAUGAUAACAAUAUAUCUGAAAUAAAUUUUUCUGGAUGGCUGUAAAAAAUAAAUCCACUUUAUAAACAACUUAUACUUGCAAUUAUAACAUUGUUAACAAUAUCUCAAAAUUAAUAUGUGAUGCACUUGGAAUAUGUUUAUGUUUGCACACUAUAUUUGCCUUUAUCUUCUUUUUACACCUUAUUUAUAUCUUAUAGUUUUGGCAAUGAAUAAAUUACACACGAGAUAAUAUUAGUUGUCAAUAUCUCUAGGGUAUCGUAGAUACAUUGUGCAAAGCAUGUGAAGAUCUAAAGUGGAAAUCACCUACAAAAAUUCAGUGUGAAGCUAUUCCAUUAGCACUUGAAGGUAAAUUAGAAAGACACAGAUAUAUACAUAUAUGAAAAAUAAAAAAAUUAGAAUUGAAACGUUGAAGUAAAUAUAAAAUUGAAUUAAAAAUGUAUUAGGUAAAGACGUAAUUGGAUUAGCAGAAACAGGAUCUGGUAAAACUGCUGCAUUUGCCCUUCCUAUACUACAGGGACUCUUAGAAAAUCCACAAAGAUAUUUUGCAUUAAUCUUAACACCUACCAGAGAAUUGGCCUUUCAAAUAUCGGAGCAAUUUGAAGCUUUAGGAUCAAGUAUUGGAGUGAAAUGUGUAGUAAUAGUAGGUGGAAUGGACAUGAUGUCGCAAGCUUUGUUAUUGGCAAAGAAGCCACAUAUUUUAAUUGCCACUCCAGGUAGAUUAGUUGACCAUUUGGAAAACACUAAAGGUUUUAAUUUGCGUUCUUUAAAAUUUUUGGUCAUGGACGAGGCUGAUAGAAUUUUGAAUAUGGAUUUUGAAGUUGAGGUAGAUAAAAUUUUAAGGGUGAUUCCUCGAGAAAGGAAAACGUUGUUGUUCUCUGCGACAAUGACUAAGAAGGUUCAGAAAUUACAACGAGCAUCUUUGCGGAAUCCUGUUAAAGUAGAAGUUUCAACAAAGUACCAAACCGUUGAAAAAUUACAACAGUAUUAUAUUUUUAUACCCGUCAAAUUCAAAGAUGUUUAUCUUGUACAUAUCUUAAAUGAAUUAGCAGGUAACAGUUUUAUGAUAUUUUGCGCAACUUGCAACAAUACAGUUAGAACAGCCCUUCUUUUACGAAAUUUGGGCUUCACUGCAGUUCCUUUACAUGGGCAAAUGUCACAGAACAAGAGAAUAGCUGCUCUUACUAAAUUCAAGGCAAAAAAUCGAUCUAUACUUAUUUCCACAGAUGUUGCCAGCAGAGGUCUUGAUAUUCCUCACGUAGAUAUUGUAAUAAAUUUCGAUAUACCUACGCAUAGUAAAGAUUAUAUACAUAGAGUUGGACGUACUGCACGUGCUGGUCGUUCUGGUCGUUCUAUUACAUUUGUAACGCAGUAUGACGUAGAACUGUAUCAAAGGAUAGAACAAUUGAUAUCGAAACAAUUGCCCUUGUAUCCGACGGAAGAAGAAGAAGUAAUGGUGCUUCAAGAAAGAGUAGCUGAAGCACAACGUAUUGUAAAAAUGGAAAUGAAAGAUAUAGAGGAUAGUAAAAAAUUAGGUAAACGAAAAAGACGACAAGGCGACAAUGAGGAUGAUGAUACGGAACAAUUUAUAGGAGUUAGAAAAAGGAUAAAAGGCAAAAGUAAUGGAAAGGGUAGAAAAGUGUAUCUUCUUCUAUACAUCAGGGACUGUAAAACGAUUUUCAUCAAAGGUGCAUCAAAGAAUAAUGCGAUGCUGCAGAAAGAGAAAAAUGCUUGGUGUGUAACUCGUAUCUACUUAGUUUUCACUGUAAAGUAUGCUAAUUAA